AAGCAUAGUGUGAGUGCGCGAACCGGUAAAUCAGCAAAAUUUGUUUGUUUGUUUGUGCGUAUACUCUAGAUAUAUGCAAGUCUAUACAACCCGUGUUUUCGUGCCCCUGUGUUUUACAUAAAUGCACCUAGUGCAUCCAACUAACCUGAAGCAGCUAUUGAUGUGGUGAGUAAAUCCAGACAUCGACGACCAACCAUGACUUCGCUGGGGAGCAGCAGUUCGUCAGCCACAGAAUACACUGUGCGAGUUCCCAAAAACACCAGCAAGAAGUACAACAUCAUGGCUUUCAAUGCAGGAGACAGAGUCAGCUGUUCAACAUGGACACAGGCUCGUAUGGAGCGAGACAUGAGCGCUCGGCGGAUAUAUGGUGAGGAAGAGACACAGGAUGGUGCAGCUGGCAGUGAGUUUGGAAAAAAGCAGCGUGAGGAAGCACGGCGAAAGAAGUUUGGUAUUGUGACACGUGAGUUCAAAGUGGAAGACCAGCCCUGGAUUCUCAAGGUCAAUGGCAAGGCCGGCAAGAGGUUCAAAGGUAUAAAGAAGGGCGGUGUUACAGAAAAUGCAUCCUACUACAUCUUUACACAGUGUCCUGAUGGAGCUUUUGAGGCUUUCCCUGUCCAUGGCUGGUACAACUUUACACCGCAGGCCAAGCACCGAACUCUCACUGCCGAGGAGGCUGAGGAGGAGUGGGGCAGGAGGAACAAGGUGGUGAAUCACUUCAGCAUCAUGCUUCAGAGGCGUCUUCGAGAGCAAGAGCGUGGUGAUGAUGACGAAGAUGAGGCAGAUAAAUCGGGGAAGAAGAAAAAGAAGGGGGGUAGAGGAGGCGACCUGCGCAUUCAUGACCUGGACGAUGACCUGGAGAUGAGCAGCGAUGACAGUGACAGCAGUGGGGGCGAAGAUGGAGAGAGCAAGACAAAAGCCAAGAAAGACACAGGAAAAGGAAAAGGAAAGAAGAAGAAGAAAAAAAAUAAUGAGAGCGAGGCCUUGGAAGACAGCGAUGACGGUGACUACGAGGGUCUAGAGGUGGAUUACAUGUCAGAUGAAAGCAGCUCAGAUGAAGAGCCAGAAAAGGGGAAGCCCAGCAAAGGAGAGGACCUCCCUAAAGGGAUUGAUGAGGCAUCUGAAAGUGAAGAAGAGAGUGAGGAGGAGAAACAGAAUGACGAGGAAGCAAAAGAAGAGGAAGAAGAGGAGGAAGGAAAGAAAACCCCGGUCCAAAUGGAGAAGAAGAAGAAAAAAGACAGCAGCGGAGAAUCGGACAGCUCUGACGACAGUGACAUCGAGGGAGAGACAGCUUCUGCUUUGUUCAUGAAGAAGCGAACUCCUCCUAAACGUGGAGGUGGGCGUGGCUCUGCAGGCAGCUCCAGGACUGGCAGUCGUCCUGGGACACCAUCCAUAGACUCUGCCACCACCUCCAAUACACUCCGUGCUGCUGCCAGCAAGCUAGAGCAAGGUAAGAGACAGACUCAGGGUCCAGCCACUGACUCACCAGCUGCCAAAAGGCUGAAGAUGGAGCCCAGCAGUCAGAGCCCUGUUCCCUCUGGGAAGAGCACACCUCAGCCUCCAUCAGGAAAGUCCACCCCCAGCUCCAGUGAUGUGCAGCUAACAGAGGAAGCGGUCCGGCGCUACCUGAUCCGUAAACCGAUGACCACCAAAGACCUGCUGAAGAAGUUCCAGACCAAGCGCACAGGUUUGAGCAGUGAGCAGACUGUCAACGUGCUGGCACAGAUCCUGAAGCGCCUCAAUCCAGAGCGCAAGAAUGUCAACGACAAAAUGCACUUCUACCUCACUGAGUAACCAAUGUAAGUGAGGGACAGAGUGACGGGGGUGGAGAAGGAUGGGAAGGAGAGGGAAGGACUUUAAACGAACCUCUUCAGCUGAAACAUUUUGGUGUUUUCCGAAACCAUGACCUCUGGAAGAGAGGUUGUGUGGGUCUUUUUAAUAAACAGCUUGUGUUGUGACAUACCAUGGGAUCAGAGUUUGAAACGGUCUUCACAGGUGGCAUUUAUCUUAUCAAAAAGUAUUUUGUUAGGCAUCUUGAAUUUGUUUUUCAUAGUCUCAAAUCUCACAUUAAACAGCAGAAACCGUGUUAAUGUUGACUGACAAACAGCUCAGUCUUUGUAUGAUUUCUCUCAAUGUGUUAACAGUUUAAAUUAGAACUUGGCGAAUGGAAAAAAAAAAAAAUUCUUAGGUAAAGUUUUUCUAAUAAAAUGUAAAAUGUG